AUGUCCAUAUUCAAAAUAUCCGACAUUCUAUCCGACAUAUUUAUUAAUCUUGAGACUCCGGAUUUAUUUUCAUGUGCCUUAGUUAACAAUUUAUGGUGUCCAAUCGCAAUCCGAUUGCUUUGGCGAGACCCAUUCAGCGGUCGAAUUCGUAAACAUCAACAAUGUCUUAAAAUUUUUUCGUUAUUCCUCGACGAAGAUCAACGCUAUGCUAUCGGUGUAUCCGAUAUUUAUCUUUAUUGCCAGCUUCAAAAUCCAAUUUUCGAUUAUCCUUCUUUCGUUACUACCAUAAAUUAUGGAAACAUGAUGGCAGCAAUCGAGCCGGUCUUCUUUCAUCCUUUACGUAGGGAAUUCGAUUUGAGCAUCGCUAGAGCGAUGAUAGAAGUGUUCCUUGAGAUGUUUGUUGCGAAAGGUGGUGGAAGAAUGCGUAGCAUGAUACUGAAAUCGACGAUAAGGGGAUUUCGAAGUACAGAGUAUUCAAUCUUCGCAUGUCCAAAGUAUGAAUCUCUCUUGAGACCACUUACGAAGCUUGAACUUGCUGUUCAGUUCCCAAAGAAUGAAAUCGUGUCUAUUUUGACAAAAUAUUGUAAUCGAAUUCAACAUUUAGAGAUAUGGAUGUCUGAUAGUUCGCCGAAACGCAUUAUAGAAUCUGCUGAGAAUCUAGCCACCUUUAUUAAAUCACAACAAAACUUGAUUAGUUUGAAAGUGGUAGACUUAGCCAAUGGCGCUUCACACGUCAUGGACGCAUUAUCCUGCCAGGCAAAUUCACUCCAAGCUUUAGAACUUGUCAAUGUUAAUUUUGCCGCAUGCCCACCUUGGCAUGGAUUGGCAGCUUGUCAUAAUCUCCAAGAAUUUAGGAUAGCAUAUAUUACAAAUAUUACUAGAACUAUGGUUCAACCGUUACUGGAAGCCGAAUUCCCACGGCUAAAAAAAGUAAAAUACGAUUUCUUAUGGUUACAAAGUCGAGAUGAAUUUUUGAAGGAAUGGGUUGCAUCGAGAAAUAAUGAAUACCUUAAAGAUACGACAGCAUAA